AUGAAGCCCGUCGUUUCGGCCUUUAACGCAUGGUCAUGCAUCGUCAUAUCCCUCUUCGGCAUAAUCAUCCUCAGCACAAUCGGCGGCAUGUUCGCGACGAAUCACCACAGCUUGAUGGGUAGCACCGAAGAUCCAAAGGACGGCGGUAGAGUCGCCGGUGCAGUCUUUGGGGCUGUCGGGGUAUACGCAUGCUUCCUGUUGUUCUGCGCCUGCCAGGCCUUUAUGCACCAACGACAGAACCGUGGCGCAAUAGCACUGACAUAA